GUGCCAAUUGUCUUGCAAUGUCAAAACCUUCAGCUGCUUUAGAGAAAAGUUGUGGAGCAGAGUCGAAAAGUGGAGCGAAGGUUCUAAGCCAUAUUUAUCACUUUCUUUGUAAUUAACAUGCAGAAAACCACAGAAAUAAGCAGAUGAACGACUGUAAGUCAUUUAGUUGCGUAGUGGUAGAAACUUUGGAAGAUUUUGAUUCUGCUUAAAAAUCCUAACCUGAAACUUGCCACAAGUAUGAACACAUCAAUAACGGAUCCGGGGCCAAUUCCCAAUAGGUGGUUGAAUUGCCCACGGAAAGCGAAUAAGUUAAUAAUAGGUAAACUUUUGGCUCUGAAAACUCCCCUAAGCGCAAAAUUUGACCACGUUGUGCCUGCUGAAUGCAGGUUUCACCCAAAGAUGUUUUUUGGUAGCUGUAAAACCAAAAAGUUGAAGAUUGGAUUGUGGCUAGAUCUGACAAACACUAAUAGAUUUUAUGACAAAGCUGAAAUUGAAAAAUUCGGAUGUAAAUAUAUAAAACUGAAGUGCAGGGGACAUGGAGAAACUCCCAAUAAAGAUCAAGUAAACUCGUUUUUGGAACUUGUGCAUUCGUUUAUUGCACAGCAUCCAUUAGAAAUUGUUGCUGUGCAUUGCACUCAUGGCUUCAAUAGGACUGGUUUUCUAAUAGUUAGCUAUCUAAUUGAGAAAAUGGAUUUCUGCUUGGAUGUCGCUCUCCAAACAUUUGCUGACGCCAGACCCGUAGGAAUUUACAAGCAAGAUUAUCUAGCUGAACUCUAUCGAGUGUAUGAUGAUAUUAAAGACAUGCCGCCAGCGCCCACAUUGCCUGAUUGGUGCUUGGAAAGUGACGACAGCAAUGGUAAUGAAGCGAACGGGGACUCGUAUGCAGCACCUUCAUCCUCAAGGUACAGUAGUGCCUCCACAAAGUCGCAUGCACUUGACAAAAUUUGUUUCACUAGGAGCUCCAGGAGGAACAACCACACCACAAAGUUCAUGAGUGGCGUUCCCGGAGUUUCCCAUUUCGAUGCCCAGCCAAGAGCAUUCCAUUUGCAAAGCAAAGUUCAAACAAUGUGCGGUUGGAAAGAACGGGACUUCCCGGGCUGCCAACCUGUGUCUAUGGAUCAAUCAAACUUAAAGCUGUUGCACAAGAAACCUUACAGGGUUUCAUGGAAGGCUGACGGUAUGCGAUAUAUGAUGCUUAUUGACGGCGAAGACGAAGUAUAUUUUUUCGAUAGGAAUCACACAGUAUUUAAAGUUGACGGUGUUAAAUUUGUGAGCCGCAAAGAUUUGAAAUCGCACCUCAAGAACACGUUGUUGGAUGGUGAAAUGGUUAUCGACAAAGUGGGUGGAGAAGAUAUCCCACGCUAUCUCGCCUAUGAUAUAAUCAAAUUUGAUGGGAAGGAUGUGGGCAAUUGCCCUUUUUACCCAUCAAGACUCCAGUGUUUAGAGAUGGAAGUAAUUAAGCCCCGUUAUGCAGCCAUGGAACACGGCCUGAUCAACAAAAGCGCUGAACCUUUCAGCGUCAGAAAAAAAGAGUUCUGGCCCAUUAGUCAAGCCGGUAACCUUUUAGGAGAAAAGUUUGCUAAAAGCCUGAGCCACGAACCAGAUGGUCUCAUUUUCCAGCCAUCUAACGAGAAAUACGUUGCCGGCCGAUGUGAUGAAGUUUUAAAAUGGAAGCCUCUUUCCUUAAAUUCAGUCGAUUUUAGGCUGAAAAUAGCGGUGCCAAACCAACCGGGUGUGAUACCUGUAAAAACCGCUUAUUUGUAUGUUGGCCAGUUCGAUCAGCCGUACGGCAAAAUGACUUAUAAGAAAUCAAUGAAGGAUCUCGACGGGAAAAUUGUGGAAUGCAAAUAUGAGAAUGGCGAAUGGAAGUUUAUGAGAGAAAGAACUGACAAAACCUACCCCAACAGUUUCAACACUGCUGAAGCUGUUUACGGAAGCAUAGCUAAUCCUGUGACUAAGGAACAAUUAUUGGAAUUUAUUGAACACCACGGUUACCACACGCAAAUGAUGCCUCCCGAACCGAAAAGACCCAAACGGUCGCAUAUACCGAACAAUCGUUAGAUAAUUUUCCAAUUUGAUUAUUAUUUAUUCUACGUUAUUUUUGUAUACUAAGUCGCAAAUUGAUGAUUUUAUUGUAAACUGCAAUUAUCAAUAUAUGUAACGAAUAUUGGCCUGGUGA